AUGGAAGUGCAUCGCAUGCUUAGGAACCAUCGAAAGCGUCAAAACGAGAGUUACCGCGAAUACCUUUACAAUCUAAUGGAGAUUAGCAAACCGAUUGAAUUAGAUGAGUUGAGUUUAGUAACAUAUUUUAUCGAAGGUAUUCCUGUUCUAAAUCCAACAAGACUUAGCAUAUAUGAAAAAGUGCGGGGUGGUCGGCAAGAAGUAAACAGCUCAGGUUCAGUUCGUUCGGGUGAAGGAAAUAAGGCGUCUACUGGUUUGGGUAACAAUAAAGAUCAAACAAAACGUUGUUUCAAGUGCGGAGAUAUUUCGCACAUCGCAAAAGAUUGCAGUCAAAAACAAAUUAAAUGUUUCAAAUGCGGUCAGCCAGGGCAUCGUGCCGUAGAUUGUCAGCGACAGCAAGUUGAGGUUAAGAAGGAAAAAAGUAAU